AUGGAUUACGAUGGUCGCAUUAAGGCGUACAGAUUUGUUGCCUAUUCAGCAGUUGUAUUUUCGGUUGUUUCGCUGAUAACAGUAUGCGUAACAUUACCGAUGGUUUAUAACUAUGUCAACAAUAUUCAACGGUAUAUGAACACCGAGGCAGUUUUAUGCAAGAGAUCUGCAAUAGACAUUCAGUCAGAAGUGAAUCAGUUGAGGAGUUCUGCAUUUAUUGGGAAUCGUACCGCUCGACAGGCAAAUUCUGGUGGAGAUGAUUGUGAAUCUUGUUGUGUACCUGGUGCUGCCGGACCUCCAGGACCUCCAGGAUAUUCUGGCGUACCUGGAAGGCCAGGUGCGCAAGGUCCUCCCGGAAAUCCAGGCAAACCACCCGCUGACUGUGAACCGCCCACUCCACCACCAUGCAAAAAGUGCCCCUAUGGAGCACCUGGUGCACCAGGAGAACCAGGUCCACAAGGAGAGCCCGGAACACCCGGCCAACCUGGCAGUUCGGGUCUCCCCGGACCGAAUGGAGAACCAGGAAUGCAAGGACAAUGUGGAGCGAAUGGAGCACCUGGAAUUCCUGGUGGAGCAGGAGAUGCAGGAAAGAACGCACUGUGCAAGGCAUUCAUUCCUGGACCGACGGGGCCUCAAGGAGAGCCAGGAGUGUCAGGAGAACCCGGGAGUGAAGGACCACCUGGACCUGAUGGAAGACCAGGAGCAGCAGGUCCAAAAGGUUUGCCCGGGGCUGAUGGUGAACCAGGAUUUGAUGGAAUGCCAGGCGAACCGGGAGCAGUUGGACCACCCGGUCUACAAGGAGAAAGGGGCAUUUGUCCCAAGCGAAACAAAUCAGUGUUCUACAUCAGUUGGUCCACAAUGGAAUUGCAAACUCGUGUCAAAGCCUACAGAUUCGUCGCCUAUUCGGCAGUCACCUUCUCCGUGGUUGCAGUCCUUUCGGUCUGCGUCACCCUACCGAUGGUCUACAACUACGUGAAGCAUGUCCGCAACCAACUGCAAAGCGAGGUUGUCUACUGCAAGGGCUCAGCGAAAGACAUCUGGUCUGAGAUGCAACACCUGAAAAAUAUGCCAUUCGCAAGCAACCGCACAGCUCGUCAAGUGAUAACUCGUCAAGGCGGAAACACAUGCGAAGGAUGCUGCUUGCCCGGACCAGCUGGUCCAGCCGGUGCACCUGGUAGACCAGGUAAACCAGGAAGACCAGGAGCAAAUGGAUUCCCAGGAUUCCCUGGCCAAUCUCUUGGAUACUGCAACGACAUCACACCACCACCAUGCCUACCUUGCCCAGCUGGACCAGCCGGCCCAGCCGGACCAGCAGGACCAGCAGGAGAUGCAGGAUUCAUCGGAGCACCAGGUCAACCAGGCCUUAAUGGCGCACCAGGCGCACCAGGAGCUAAGGGAGUUCCCGGAGUUGCCGGAUCAGCCGGUCUGCCCGGAGAUGCUGGAGCACCAGGAAUGACCCCUGUCGCACCACCACCACAAGCUGGAGCACCAGGACCAGCCGGAGACCAAGGUGUUGCUGGACCAGCUGGAAGCGCUGGAGCAACAGGACCAGAAGGACCUGAAGGACCAGCAGGACCAAAGGGAGCUAAAGGUCUCGAUGGUGCACCAGGAGCUGACGGUCUCCCAGGAGCAGCAGGCAAACCAGGAAUGGAUGGUAUCUCUGGAGAGAAGGGUAUUUGCCCCAAAUACUGCGCCAUCGAUGGAGGUGUCUUCUUCGCCGACGGAACUCGCCGUUAA